UCGGAAGCCGGCAAGGGAGGCAGUAUCGGAACCACUGUCGAAAUGUGCGCGUGCGCGUGGGACGUUGAGUGAAAUGUGUAUUUGACAGCUUGGAUACUGCAGUGAUUGGAUUAUUGGAUACUGCUGGAAUUUACUGACCAGCAAGAUGCCGUUUCUGGACAUCGCGUUCCAAGCUGAGGUCAGCCGCUGGGAGGAUCCGGAGUUUGAAGAGAUCGCCCGCAGUCACUGCGGAGAAGAUCCUGAGACACGAGCAGAGAUUAUUAAGGAGUUCCGACAGAUGAUAUACGACAGAGAUGUAGUACACCCCCAUCGCAUGGACGACGCGUACCUGCUGCGGUUCCUGCGGUGUCGCCGGUUCAUUCCCCGGCUGGCACAUAAGCUGAUGGUACGCUACGAGCAGUUCAAACAGAAUUACGCAUAUUUGUACGACUGCAAUGCAUUCGGACUGCAGAAAGUGAAGAAUGUAUAUGGCGGCACCAUGCCGGAUAGUCCUGAGAACGGACGGAUCACUCUCAUGAGAUUCGGAAGGUGGAAUACGGAUGCAGUUCCUAUAGUCGACGUAGUUCGCUGUGCACUCCUGAUGGACGAAAUAGCCGUGAUGCAACCAAGACUGCAGAUUCUGGGCGUUACCAUCAUUGUCGACCUAGAGGGCCUCAGCCUGAGGCAUGUCAGACAACUCACGCCCACUGUCGCCAAUCAGAUAGUCAGCCUAAUGGGGGUGUCGUUCCCGCUGCCGAAUCACGGGUUGCACAUCAUCAACUACAAUUGGAUUCUGAACACGUGCUUCUACCUCUUCAAGCAAUUCAUACCGCGAGCUGCAUGGGAACGCCUACACUUCCAUGGAAACGACAUGAGCUCACUUCACAAACACAUAAAUCCCAAAUACUUGCCCCCUGAAUACGGAGGGACGUGUAGACACGUGAUAACGACUGAAGAAUGGCUUCGGAAGAUCAAUAUGUAUAAAGAUGAUUUUAUGGUCAAUGAGUUGCGGGCCCUAGGGUUUACUGUAGAAGAUUAAAGAGCUAAGUUUUCUUUUCUUUUUUAAAUCUCUUCGUGUGGGUUGUAAGGUGGAAUAGCAACCUCAUCAACCCGGAUGUCAGGGUUAUUAUUGAGCCGCCAAAGGCCCCUGACAUAGCUCAUGUACUUACUUAAACAGUAAGUAAUAAUCGGGACCAACGGCUUAACGUACCUUCCUUUCGUGCUUUUAAGUACUUAUGUAGAAGAAAACCGACUUAUAUAAAUUUAAUUUAGAUAAUUAACUAAAUAUAAACUUUAUAUUUACUUGAAUAAGAAUUUACAAACUUAGGGACAAAGUAUUUUACGUUUUAAGUAGAUGUAAAUUGAGUAAAUUAUUAUUUUGCCUUUCUUGCCUCGUAUGUACACCAUAUCAGAAUGAUUUGUGAACUUUCUAGAUUUAUAAGGAACGAAAAUUAAAAUAAUUAGUUAA